UAUUGGAAAAGUGGAUUUCGAGUGCAGAAUUCUGGGAUUUUUAUCACUUUCUCGUACUAAAUAUUAUUUAUCAUAAUCGUUGUGCAUAAAGUCUGCUUGUAUUUAAAAUGGAAAACGACGUUCUAGACUCACUUAUUGAUUUGGGCUAUGAAGGCCCUUUGACCGAUGAUACAGCCUUCUCAAAGGCUCUGGAUGGGGGCCCCAAGUCCCUUGAGUAUACUAAGCUGGUACACAUACUAGCCGAAGAGUUGAAGACAUUAUGCCGACUAGAGGAGACCGUGAAUAUGAUGAAUGAUCCUGACGAGUCGAGUUCUUUCCUGUUAGAACUCAGUUCUUUUCUGAAAGAACUCGGGUGUCCGUAUAAGAAGUUGGUUACAGGGCACAUGUCAUCCCGACUGCAGACAAAAGAGGACCGUGUGCUGCUGCUUGACUAUCUGAUCUCAGAACUGAUGGCUGCUCGUAUGGUCAAUGUGGAUUGCCCGAAGGAGAAGUCAGGUGGAAUGGAGAUUGUUGUGCAUGAAUCUCCUACAGCUAAGGAUCUCAAAGAUAUACUCAUAGCUCUCAAGUUUAACAAGCCACCCCCGAACAUUACCGCCGAAAUGUUAUUCUCUAAGUUAGAAACUAAAUUGAAGGACACCAUUCAGAAAGAAGGUGAACAGCUUGUAGGCAAACCGUUAUACAACAAGGCAUUAUCGGAGAAGGAAUGGAAGCAACUGGAGACGACAUUCUCAGAGAUGUUCGAAGAAUAUAGACUUAGAAGAGAGACGCUUAUCACUCGACUUGAGUGUACAAUACAGAGUUUUGAGUGGUCAGACCGCCUCAAAACAAUGAAGGAUGAAAUACAAUCUUCGUAUCGACCUAAGCGCGAACAACUCAAAGCCAAGCCUGAUGUAAGGCUGUCAGACUUCCUAGCGGCAAGGACCUCAUUGCUGCAGGUUGAGAAGACUUCCAGCGCCAGUGUUCGCAAGUUUACCCAGACUAAAGUUAACAAAGUCAUCAUGGGCAGCGUGCCUGACAGAGGAGGCCGCCCCAACGAGCAACAGCCACCGCCCCCUGAGAUGCCCAGUUGGCAGCAGCGAAGCGCACCACGAGGUGGUGGCGGAGGCGGCGGACGCGGCAAUGUGCGAGGCGGUAGGGGUGGUCCGCCCAACAUGGGCGGCGGCGGACCCGGCGCGGGGGGGAAUGGGCCCAACAUAGGCGGCGGGCACAACAUGGGCGGCGGGCACAACAUGGGCGGCGGGCACAACAUGGGCGGCGGGCACAACAUGGGCGGCGGGCACAACAUGGGCGGUGGCCACAACAUGGGCCGCGGGGGGGACCGCGGCCGAGGACGAGGUGGGCGAGUCCAGGGAGGGUAUAACCAGGGAUCUGGUGACCAGGGCAGGGUCCAAUCCGGUCCAGGUGGUUACAACCAAAACCGCAACUACCAAACGUACGAGGUACCACCCGGCGGCUACAACCAGGGUGGUUACAACCAGAACCACGGUGGUUACAACCAAAACCAAGGCGGUUACGGUGGCUACCAAGGGGGUUAUGACAGUAUGGGUAGUUACGACCAAGGAGGCUACAAAUCCUACCAAACGCAAGGCCAAGGUCAGAACUACCACCAAGGUCAGAACUUCCACCAAGGCCAAGGUUACCAAGGUCACGGCUACCAGAAUGAACAUGACGACCGCGACAGAAGGGGACGAGGCAGCUACAACAGAGGGGGGCGACGCUGAUAGGCCUAGCAGGGUAGGUUGGUGAGAGCGGUCAUCGAACUCACGAGCCAAAGAAAGCGAAAGAAGAUCGACAUUUUAUUCAAGUUAUUGCGUAUGUAUUGUCCUUUUUUAAUAUGACUACUUUUACUAUAAAUAAUUAAUUAUCCGUCAUUUCCUUAUUAAAACAUAAUAUGCAGGGUGUUAGUGACGACGUAACGAAAACUUUGAGGGAUGAUUCAGACCAUGCUCCUGAGUUGAUAUCAAGUGGAAUUUUCCGUCGCAAAAAUAAUUAUGAUACCGAUAAUAAUUUAAAAAAAAAAAACAAAAAUUUUCAUGAAUUUUCCGACAGACCAUGAUUCGUAGUCAAUUCAACUUGAUAUUAACCCAGAAUCAUGGUCUGAAUAAUCCUCGAAAGAUUUCGUUCCGGUGUGACUAACAACCUGUAUAAAUGCUAAAACUUCGAAUACAUAAAUUAGUAUUAAACUAAACUUUUUCUUCAUGUUUCAUGAUAUUUAAAAUAACAUUUUUUUAAAUUGAUGCUACCUUCAUUCAUCAUAGAACAUUUAUUGAAAGUAAAGAAUUUGUUUUGGUGAAAAAAAUUACUAAACUUACUCUAUAUUAAAAUUAUAUUAAUAAUUUACCCGAAGAAAAUAAAAUAAAUAAAUAAUAAUAACUUACCAAUUAAUAAUAUAUAUAAUAAAAAGCAAUAGUAAAGUGUGAUUCUAAAUAGUUAUAUUAAUAUUGACAUAAUCAAAAAUAACAUUAUACAAAUAUAUUUGCGAAAGUAAUAAAACAAUACAAUAAAAUAAAUAAUUUAUAUUUACUGCGAUAUGUAUUUAAUUUAGUGUAUUUUUACAUGUUUCUCGUUGUAAUGUAAUGUAUUUCUCACAAUAGGUGUUUUGUACCCAAUAGUGCCAAUAGUAUAAGAAAUCACAUAAUUACUUACAUAUUGUUGCCUCAUAGAGAAAACCAGGUGAGUGCUCUUUUGAAAAAAUGCAUUUGGGUGAAUAUAAAAAUGUGCCAAGUUUGGUGGGGAACGAGGAACAAGUUACCUCGUAGCUAGAACUAUCCUUUUUCAUGUCGGAACCCAAUUUUUCACGAAAACAUAAUAUGAAAGUUCGCCACCAAACUUGGCACAUUUUGAUAUUCACCCAUUUGGAUGUGAUUUUUGUUAACAAAACCUCACAAUAGACACGCUCGAUGCAAUCAAGUCCCCGCGGCACGAACUGUAUCGACGCAUUUGACAAUAGACACACAGCGAAUGUUAUAUACAUGGAUAGACAUACGUACGGCUAUUGCUCGACGCCCUCGAUAUAAUUAGGGCAGUAACUGUGGCAUUAUCACCAACUGGGCACCCUCAGGCCUGUUGUGUUAAACGCUGUACCGGGUGAGAGCCUUCAGCGCUCCCCAUUUGUCCGGCCAAGUAGUUAGUGGCUAUUUUAACCCCCCAGUAUUUGAUUUGUCAAAAAGGUGCCUAUGUGGCUUUCACUAUGAGAUGAUGAUAUGCUGUGAGCUUUACUUUGAGGAAAAUUGCUUUAGGUAUAAAUAUAAUACCAAUUAAUUGCCUUUUAAGUAUAAUAUUGGUACUAAUUCCAGUUCACGCCUUCCAUUAUAUUUUUUAGUUAUACGUUGCAUUUUAUCUGUCGAAAAGGAAAGGGCCGGGUAAUCGAUAGGCUUAAAAUUCAUGGAACACACGCAGAAAUUGAAACAAACCUCUCAAAAUUUUAUAUUGACCAAUAACUCCACAGAAUAAGCUUCCAACUAGUCAAAUCAGUUACUUUUUAAUAAAGUUCAAAACACAAAAUUGCUAUGGAAUUUGUAGUGACGUCACAGAAAAACAAUAAAAUGUCAGACUUAUUGUCACGUUUUUCUUAAUUAAAAUUCAUAAAGAAGUUAAAUAGAAAAAAGAAAAUGUUUUUCGUUAGUUUUAGAUCUGUCUUUAUUCAGUAAUCCGAUUUUCAUAAUUUAUCUUGAACCUAGUAUACGACUCAAUUAAGUUGACAGCACACGUCAAACGUGCUAAAUCAGCUAGAUUCCUAUUUGAUUCGCCCAUAUUGUUCAUUCAUUCUAAAAUUUAGCUGUCAAUCAGUCCCUUUCCCUUUCGGCGAGUAAGAAAAUGACAGAUAUAACCUAAAAUAAAAUUGGGUGUUUGCAGGAAUCAGGGCCAAUUUAUUUAUAGUAUAGGUUUCAGUACAAAACAGUGGCUUAUAUGUGUCUAGUUUAUAAGUUCAGUGUUUUACUAUAUUUGUUGUAUCCGUGCCUAGAAUAAACAUUGGCUCCGAAUUUAAUUUAGUUCGAUAUUUGUAAAACUAUCAUGUCUCUUUAUUUUUAUAACUAUCAAAUUUAGUUUGUAUCUGCUAGAAUUCGCAUCGUCAGAUAAAAUGAUGUCUUUGAGAAGAUUUAGGCCAAGUUCAAAGACGCGCGCGAAAAACAAAAGUAUGAAAAUGUACUAGCACAUAAUAACGGGUUCUUAUCGCGUUUAAAAUAGGAAUAUGAGACUCCCAAUAUUUCGAAACUGUUGCAAGUGCCAUGAUCACGGGAUGACUGAUGAGAUUGGAGUGGAGUAGGUAGAUCCUUAAUUUUCUACGCUCCAAUCUCAUCAGUCAUCCCGUGAUCAUUAUUAUUAUUGUUCUUUAAUAUGCAAUAAAUUGUAUAAAAUGUUGAUUAUAUUGUAUUGUACCUACUCCUAUUUACGGCGAUAUAAUAUAAUAACUAUAAUUAUAUAACUUUAUACCAUAGUUUUGCAAAACUCACGUGUUAUGAAAUAUGUCAUAAAAAUAAUAUUUUGUCACAGAAUGAUAAUUGAUAUAAAAAAAAAAAAAUUUGGUUCUAGAUUCUGGCUGAUAGUCUUAAUUUUAUUUUAGUUUUAGUAUAAUUUAGUUUUGGUUUAGUCUGUCCAAAACUUUAUUUUACUAAGUAAAGUGUGGCAUUAUUUUUAAAAGUGCUUGGCUCGAAUAGGCAACGUUUUUUUUUCAUCCAUAAACAGACCUACUUGAAAAUAUAUUGAAAAUUGGAAACGUGUCGCCAGAGCAUGCAAUGAUUUAAACUUAAAAAUAUUAAUUUAUACAUUAUGUAGUACUUGUAUUCUCUUUAUUUAAAUCGUAACUAAAUAUACUUAAGUUUCUUUUA